AUGAAUUUCGACGAUAGUUCCAGUAGUGGCUAUGUCACGACGGAGACAAUAUACGGGACUCAUGAAGAUUCCCAUGUUGUAAUGUCAGAAAAGGUGCAAUCUUUAGCAGGCAGUAUUUAUCAAGAGUUCGAACGUAUGAUUGCACGUUAUGAUGAAGACGUUGUGAAAACAUUAAUGCCGUUACUGGUUAAUGUAUUGGAGUGCUUAGAUUCUGCGUAUCAAACUAACCAGGAGCAUGAAGUAGAACUAGAACUGCUGCGUGAGGACAACGAACAGCUGGUUACGCAGUACGAGCGCGAAAAAUCGGCAAGGAAGCAUGCGGAACAAAAGUUGCUGGAAGCAGAAGACCAUUAUGAAGGUGAUAGAAAAGACUUGACUGGUCGUUUAGAAGCUCUAGACAGCAUAGUGAGAAUGUUAGAACUUAAGCACAAGAAUUCCCUUGACCAUGCCAGUAGGUUAGAAGAGAGAGAGAAUGAACUCAAGAAAGAAUAUGCAAAGUUGCAUGAGCGAUACACUGAAUUAUUCAAGACUCACAUGGAUUACAUGGAGCGUACAAAGUUACUGCUCAGUACUGCAAGUGAUCGUAGUGAAGUGCGUGGGAGACUUGGCCUCAACCCAGUUGGUAGAUCUAGUGGACCCAUAUCCUUCGGGUUUGCAUCACUAGAAGGUUCAGUUAAUGUUGUGGAACAAACUGAAAGUAUCCCUGGAAGCCCUGUUAGUCUGUCUUCUUCACCACCAUCACCACCUAUAGGGUCAGAACUUGCUGCAGUGCGAACUGUCGAACGUGCUCAUCAAACAGAUCCAAUCACACAACAAAGUCAGGCAACAUCUCCUGUGGCGCCACCCAAUGCAAACACGGGCAGAUCGCAAACUAAGAGCGAGAAAAGAAGUGGCAAUACACUUUACCAAGAGCUGGCGUUCCAGGAGACUGAUGCUAACAUAGCCGAAGGAGAUGAGGGAGCUGACAUUACAGGUACUUGGGUACAUCCUGGAGAAUAUGCCUCAUCGGUUAACGAUAACUACUUCGGUAAAGAGGUGGAAAACCUAAUCCUGGAAAAUAACGAGCUGCUAGCUACAAAGAACGCCUUGAACGUGGUAAAAGACGACUUGAUAGUGAAAGUGGAUGAGUUGACUGGUGAACAGGAGAUUCUGAGGGAGGAGGUAGCGAAUCUUAGCUCAGCUAGGGAGAAGUUAAGAGAGCGCGUCACCCAAUUGGAGGAAGAACUUAGACAUUUGAAGGAGACGGUAAGCAGUAACGCCGGUGGAGAAAAUGAAGACGAAGCAGAUGUUCCGAUGGCGCAACGUCGACGAUUUACGCGCGUCGAGAUGGCUCGAGUGCUCAUGGAGCGGAAUCAGUACAAGGAGCGGUUUAUGGAGCUGCAGGAUGCCGUGCGUUGGACGGAAAUGGUGCGGGCGAGUCGCGUCGACUCCACAAUGGACAAAAAGAAUAAGCAGAGCAUUUGGAAGUUUUUUAGCAACCUCUUUAAUUCGGGCGAACGACCGCAACGCCCGCUAUCGACUCCACACCUAAGAGCUGUAGCAGCUCCAACGCCAGCCUUGCGCCAUUCUCGAACCCAAGGUGAUUUCCUUGAAACGCAGCUCACCGAUCAACACCACAGGAGACACGAGCGAAGCGAACAAUUUCGACAGGUGCGGGCACACGUUCGCAAAGAAGACGGACGCACGCAAGCGUAUGGCUGGAGUCUGCCCGGAAAGAGUGGACAAGGACAGAAGGGACCCAGUCAGAGCAUCUCCCUCUCGUCAGGGGGCGUGCCAGUACCUGUUCCUGUAUUCUGCAGGCCAAUAGCGGAAAGUGAGCCUCGUAUGACGUUGCUCUGUGCGGCUGGGGUGAAUCUAAAUGGGGGUGUAACUCCGGACGGCGGCUGCAUGAUCGGCGAGAGUGUUUUCUAUGCCAAAGAAAACGAUAAGUCUGAGAACACCAUGUGCCUAGCGUACGAAAUGAGCAAGGCGCAGUCAGUACACUCUCCCGAAGUUGAGCAGAUCAAUCGGCAGUUACAAUCAACGCACAGUGUCGAGCACUCCGAGAAGAAUCUAUCCUCACUCGUUUGGAUAUGUUCUAGCACACAAACAAAAGGGAUAGUUAUGGUAAUUGACGCGAACAAUCCUGCGGAGGUGAUAGAAUCGUUCUCGGUGAGCGACAAGCACAUAUUAUGCGUUGCGUCUGUCCCGGGUGCGAUGGCGGAGGAUUACCGAGAGUACGAGGAGCGGAUGUCGGACAACGAAGGAAAACGUCACUCGCAAUCAUUGUUCUGUGUGGGAAAGAGUGAGUCAGUAGAGAGUCAAAAUGGAUUGCCUGUUACUAUCAACUCUAAUGGCAACGGUGAAAAUGGUGAAAAAGAAGUUGUCGUCGGAAGCACGCGACUGGUGCAGGCGACGUUACUGACUCCACCCACUACUCCUGUUAAGGAGACUCAACCUCAGAAGGAAAGUGAUGCUCCUAAAGAGUCUACCGUUAAGAAUGUGGAAGAUGCUGAUACUGUUGCACCUGAUAGCCCUCCACUGAGCUCUACACCAAUUAAUGAAAUCGAACAACAUAGAGCAUCACCGGAGCCGGGUGUAGACGCCUUCGCGCAGGAACAAUCGAACGCGGACAAUCGUAACGACGUCCCACAAGACAGAAAAAUGUCUACCGUAAUGGCGACUAUGUGGCUGGGCACUAAGAGUGGUAACCUGUACGUCCACUCCGCUAUGGGCAAUUACAGCAAAUGUCUUGCAAGCGUGAAACUAAACGACGCCAUUUUGUCGAUUGUGGCCUGCUCGUCGCGUUGUAUGGUGGCGUUAGCUGAUGGUACGGUUGCUAUAUUCGCGCGCCUCGCAGAUGGACAGUGGGACUUUACUCAGUACUGGCUCCUAACACUUGGAGAUCCUAAGUGUUCUGUGCGUUGCUUGAGCGCGGUGGGAUGUACGGUGUGGUGUGGCUACCGCAACAAAGUCCACGUGGUGGACCCUCGCACGAGGAUGUUGCUGCACACGCUGGAGGCACACCCACGCCACGAGAGUCAAGUCAGACAGAUGGCCUGCGACGGCGACGGAGUUUGGGUGUCUAUCAAAAUGGAUUCCGCGUUACGCUUAUACCACGCCCACACAUACGAACACCUGAAGGAUGUAGAUAUUGAACCAUACGUGAGCAAGAUGCUGGGAACUGGAAAGUUGGGCUUCUCACUUGUGAGGAUUACUGCUCUACUGAUCAGUUCGGGCCGACUCUGGAUCGGUACCAGUAAUGGUGUUGUGAUAUCUGUGCCGCUGUCUGAAGGCUCUAGUCGGGAAUCGAGUGGUGGUAAUGCUCAAGCGGGAGUAGCAAGGCCUAAUAUACCAGGUCAUGCAACCUUGGCCUGCGCACGUUCUGCAAGUCCAACUGGCACAAUCCCGUGGUGUUCAAUGGCGCAAGCUCAGCUUAGUUUCCACGGGCACCGCGACGCCGUCACGUUCUUCGUAGCAGUUCCUGGGGCCUCGAAUUCCCCGGCACGAACUCCGGAAUCACCGCACCACUCCCCCAUACCACCACCGAUGCUCGUCAUAUCUGGUGGGGAGGGCUACAUCGACUUUAGAAUAGCGGAUUCAGAAAUGGAAGACAGCGUGGUGGUAGCGGAGGAUGGGUCGUCGAGUGGUCACAGCUCACUUGCGGAGAGGGCGACCAAAAGCCACCUUAUAGUGUGGCAAGUGACGACCGCCUAA